AUGGUUGUUAAACGAGGGGAUAUCACUAAUUCCAAUCGAAAACGUCGCAUUGGCACAAAACCGCAAAGAUCCAGUUUGAAGAACUCACCUCAUGGAGUAGGCUUACUCAAUUUCAUUAUGUACACUGGCUUUGAUCAUGAUUAUGAUCUCCCAAGCGAACAUCUUCAAAGUUCAUGGACUCCCAGUGGGAAUUUGCCAAGAACCCCGCUAUGCCAAGGUUCCUCCCCGGAAGUGUUGGAAUCAGAGAAAAUCCGUUUCUCGUAG